AUGGGGAGCUUAGGUAGAGCAGUUUUCACCUUGGGAAACUGGAUUCGAGAGACGGGUCAGGCUAUGGAUCGGCUCGGCUGCCUCCUCCAAGGAAGCUACCAUAUUCCAGAACAAUUGUCCAGGCAUCGAACACUGAUGAAUAUUUUUGAUAAAGCUCCUAUGGUUGAUAUGGAUGCAUUUGUUGCCCCAGGCGCUUCUGUCAUAGGUGAUGUUCAAGUGGGACAAGGAUCAUCCAUUUGGUAUGGAUGUGUCCUUAGAGGUGAUGUGAAUAGCAUCAGUGUUGGGUCUAGAACCAAUAUACAAGACAAUUCCCUUGUACAUGUGGCUAAAUCUAAUAUAAAUGGAAAGGUGCUGCCAACUAUUAUUGGAGACAAUGUCACUGUUGGUCAUAGUGCUGUUAUACAUGGCUGCACGAUUGAGGACGAGGCUUUCGUUGGUAUGGGAGCCACACUGCUUGAUGGUGUGGUUGUAGAGAAACAUGCCAUGGUUGCUGCGGGAGCACUCGUCAGACAGAACACAAGAGUCCCUUUUGGCGAGGUGUGGGGAGGUAAUCCGGCCAAGUUCCUCAGGAAGCUUACAGAUGAAGAAAUAGCAUUCAUCUCCCAAUCAGCAUUGAACUACACCAACCUUGCAAAAGUCCAUGCUGCUGAAAAUGCGAAGUCUUUUGAUGAGAUCGAGCUUGAAAAGAUGCUGCGUAAGAAGUUUGCUCGACGUGACGAGGAGUAUGAUUCAAUGAUUGGUGUCGUUCGUGAAACUCCCCCAGAACUCAUUCUUCCAGAUAAUAUUCUACCGGAUAAAGCGCCCAAGGCUGCUCAAUGA